CUCUGUGUGUCUGUGCAUCGUUUAAAGGUUUGGCUCUUACUCAUUAGGUUCUUGGAGUUCUCCAAAUGGGUCAGUCCACUUCCUUUUACUUAGCAUAUUAUAAUAUGUACACAAACUAUACAAAUCCACUUGUUAUUAAUAUUACAUUAAAGUCUCUCACUUUCACUGUCUAAGAAGAAGAAAGAAGAGAAGGUAAACAUUUUGAGACAAACCCAGAAAUGGAGGAGCUCGGAAUCCGCCAUGGAUGUUCAUCUUCGAGGAACUGUUUCCAGGACGAAGAAGAGGCGGUUUCGGUUUAUCUGCAGAGAUUAAAGCCGAACUAUGCAGUUCCGGUUUCAUGUCUCCGCCCGAGAAUCGCGAGGUUCAGAUCAGAGUUGCCAAGCUUGUCGGAUUGUUAGAACAGGUUGAGGCAAGAUUUGACAAGUACUGUGAUCAGCUUGAACAUGUGAUUAUCUCAUUUGAAGAGAUUGCAGGAUCAGGAUCAGCUAAACCCUACACCGGCUUAGCCCUUCAAGCAAUGACCCGCCAUUUCGGCAGUCUACAAGACGCUAUAAUCUCUCAGAUCAACUCGGCUCGAAGAAAACACUCGCAGGAUUUGCCUAGAAUCAGUUCAGGCUUGUCUCGGCUAGGCUUGUUCGAAACAAACAAGCUGAAACACUGUCCUCAGGUUUCGUCUCUUCAGCUCAAACAUGCCUGGAGACCCAUCAGGGGCUUGCCUGAUACAUCUAUCUCUAUCCUCCGCGCUUGGCUGUUCCAGCAUUUCUUGCACCCUUACCCGAAUGAUUCCGAGAAGCUUAUGCUGGCGUCUGAGACGGGCCUCUCCAAGAAUCAAGUUUCGAAUUGGUUCAUAAACGCCCGUGUUCGAUUGUGGAAGCCUAUGAUAGAAGAGAUGUACAGAGAGGAGUUUGCAUACUCCUUGGAGGAAUCGAAUCGGCCUCGGAAUGGAAUCUCCAUGGACAGAGAAGGCGUUGAAGAUUGAGAUGAUGAAAAGAGAGAGGCUCAACUCGGACCUUCGACUAUUUAUGCCUCUUGUUUCGACGUCUAUGUUCAUGAACCAAACUGAAAAGGAGCUGAACUGGUUCGUGAUGAUCAUCCCUCGAGAGUUUGAAUGACAUACAGCAGUAUUUUUCGAGUUUUUUUUUUCCGAUAUGUUUCCCUGGAAAUUAAUCUUCUGAAAUGUAAAAAGACAGGCUCACAAAACAAGUGAUUGAUCUUCUUUCAUCGGAAUC